AUGAGUGAUGUCGAUGCGUUCUCCUCCUUCCCAGCUGCCUUGCACGCCGGACAAAAUGCCCCUUCUGUCACGGCGAACCCCCGGUCCGCUCCUGGUCAAUUGCCUACCAAGAGAUUCUCUUCGCCAUCCCAUCACAGAGGAGCUGAUCGCUAUACCAAGGAGGUUGAAUCUGCUGCUGGGGAAGGGGAUGGACCACCGAGCCCCAAAGCUGACUCGGAGGCAGAAACGAUAAUCCAGUCGGGUCGUGAAUCUCUGUCCCCAGAGAAGAGACGGAAGUAUAUUCAGCAUGAGUUGAAACGGCGCGAUCACGGAGAUGGCAAUAUUCAUCCAGUGGAAAGCAGUUUACCAGCCCAUGAGCCGCAGGUCAGAAAGCGAAAGCGAUCGAGCGAUGAGUCCUCUGUCGAACGCGACCUUGAUGGGUCUCCUGUACUGCAAUCUCGAAGGACAAAUUCGCCAUCCUGUGUGAAAAUAGAGAAGCCCGAGGACGCGCAUCCUUCACUGAGCAAAAUCGACUCCUCUCAGCCUCCUUACCACCGGGAAACCGGGAUCAGUCGUGAAAGCUCUCAGAUUUCGAGAAAACGUAGCCACAGCGACGGCCUUGAUGGUGAUAAAGACAGAGCCCGACCCGGUCGUCACUCAGCGGCACCACGCGACAAAGAGCGAAGAGACAUAAAUGGCAUAGCUCUACCUCGUCCGCAGUCCAACGAUCGUUCCAUUUCCCCUACUCGCUCUAUUCACAAGCGAACAGCGUCUGGUCCGCAGCUCGGUGGCACUGAUAUACAAAAGAAAAGGAAGGCUCCCACUCCUCUCAUCUCCGGUUUUCAACGCCAGAGUUCUGAAGACAGACAAUCGGUGUCGUCUUCCACCAGUGGCUCUCCUCUGCCAAGCGCCCACCUUCGGAGACUGACUGGUGUUGAUGGUGCUUCAGCAUCUCCGGCCAGACCGUCAGGCCACAAGAAACAGCGCGAUCAGAACGGGAGGACACGCCUGGCAAGAGCCUGCGCUGCCCAGGAGCUGGAAGUAGCGAUUGCUAGACACGCAGAACGUCCAGAGGAUCUGAACGUGGCCGAUAACGCUGGCAAUACGCCUCUUCAGAUUGCUGCACUCGAGGGCUGUGCGCCUAUUGUGAAAUUCCUCCUUGAGGCUGGCUGUGACAUCGACACCAAAAACAUUGACAGAGAUACUCCUUUGAUCGACGCAGUAGAGAACGGUCAUCUGGAUGUUGUGAAGCUUUUACUCGAAGCUGGUGCUAACCCGCGCACCGUCAAUGCGGAGGGAGAUGAGCCAUACGAUUUGGUACCCUCUGACUCGGAAGACUACACUGAAAUUAGGCGUGUCCUCGCGGAGGCCAAGUCCAAUCCAAGGCCUAGUCGUCGCUCCGAAGAACGGGCCGGUUCUGGCAACAAGGAAACAAGCUCGAGAAGGGUGUCUGCCACGAGUCCGCGCGAAUCUCCCCCAGUGAACGGGCCACGUAGCCCUCCUCUUGGUAUCGCUACCAAGCGAAAGAGUGUGCGAAGUGAAGCCACACGGAACGAUCUCCUCUGGACAAAAGCCACCCCUGAGAAUUUACAAGCAUUCGCGGCUAAAGGCGAUAUUGCUGGAGUUGCUAACAUUCUAAACGUGGGACAGAAAGCCGACCCGGAAUCGAUGAUCGCUGCAGCCAAAGGUGGCCAUGAUGAAGUUUUGUCUCUGCUGUUAGGGAUGGGAGACGCAGAUCCCGAUCCUGAACCGGUACAGGGAGGGAACCAAAAACCUGGUUACAACACCCCAAUGCUGGCUGCGAUUGGCCGAGGCAAUCUUGCUGUCAUUCGCCUUCUUCUGGACCAGCCCAAGUUCAAUCCAAGUCGCCGGCUUUAUCGGGAUCGUACCUAUUUUGAGUUAUCCCGCGAUCGGGGAGCCGACAAUUGGGAGGAAGAAUAUGACCUUUUACGGGAUGCCUAUGAUAAUUACAUUAGGGCCAGACGAGCGCGCAAACAGGAUCUUCCUUCGCCUCGACGACCGCGGGACAGAGAAAAGGAAAACAAAAGAUUAGCGCGCAGAGAGUCGGCAUCACCUGUGGCUUCUUCCAGGAAGGCUAUCAGAAGUCCGAGUGCCGGCCAUCAUCGGGACUCUUCUUCGAAAGAUGCUUUGUCUAAAGAUAAAAGACGAGACGGCGUGACCUACAUGAAGGAAAAGUCUGGAACAAACCUUACGCGCCCCAAGGUAUCCCACAAGAACGGCGACCAUGUGAUGACAGGAUCGGAUCAUGAUGGAUCUCGCCAAGAGACAGUCCACUCCAAACCUUCAGGAGCGGUUGCCAAAGACGAGGACGCCCCUAGGAGAAGACGUUUGAUUCCAGGGCGACCUCCUCAGGAUCGUGACCGUAGACGGCCCAGCAUACCAUCGUCGGAUUCUUUGUCAGGGCGUGAGGAAACCGUCAAACCUCGAGUUGAUCAUCAUACUGAAAACCCAAACGUCAAGCAUGGGCCUCCCCUCUUGAAACGUGGACGAAGCAGCGCGAGCCCUGAGCGUCCCCAUUCCCGGGGUCGUGAUUCCGAUCAUAAUUCUCGCGAUAUGCAAAAGAAGAAACGGCGCGUUCUUUCCGAAGAUGGAACACCAAAUAUAACCAAUGGCGGGACGAAGAAGACUCACGAAAUCAGCCCUGGGGCUGACUAUAAAUCGAUAGCUCGCCCAAAGAAAGACGAAAGUCGAUUGCCAGAUCGCGAACGAGACCGGCACGUUGAAAUCUCAUUGCCCAAAGUGAACGAUUCAAAGGCUGUGAAACAAGAGCGAGAGAGACAAGAGACUAGCCACCUGGCCGAUAUUCCGACAGAAGACGCGAGAAGCGCGCCCAAGGGGCCGAAUCCGGAUCCAGACGAACUCCGUCGGGCCGAGGCGAGAAGAGCUGAAAGGGAGCGUUUGGUAGAGGAAGAGCGUAUUGCUGCUGAAGCUCAAAAGGCUCAACUGGCCAAGGAAGAAGAGGAGCGUGCUGCUCGUCUUGCCAAAGAAAUGGCCGAAGAAGAGGAACGUAAGCAGAAAGAGGCCGAGCAAAAGCGGCUCAAGCAAGCCGAGGAAGAACGCCAAAAACAACUCGAGCAAGAACGAUUGCGCCUGGAAAAACUCCGACGGGAGAAGGAAGAGCAGGAGCAAAGACGCCGCGAGGCACUGCCUAGCCGACUUCGUCUCGCUGCCCAGCUUGUUGGUUCUCAUGACCCCCAGGCAAAGAGCCAUACGUGGUUGAAAAAGUUCAUGCCUGUGGUCACUGCUCAGACAAAGCAACUCGAUCCUUUCUGCGACCUGACUGUUGCAAAUGAGAAAUGGGUACCGAAUUAUCUAGUUGCGCCGUUGUUGGCGACCAAUGAUCUGCAGCUGUCUCAGUAUACCAGUUGGGAGAAGCGCCGCGCGACUCCCACUCAGCGGGAGAAUCUGUGGCGUGUCACCCGAAGGAUGCUGGUCCAAGCCGAUGAGACAGAGUUCAUGAGUUCGUCCUUGGGGCAAGUGAUGCAGAAGGAUUGCGAAACACGUCCAAAAUACUUUGAUAUGGAACAUGUAUUUUGGGUUAGGCUUUCCGACUUCAUGGAUCUCGUUCCUCACGUUCCGCAUCUUCACGGCCUCGAUAUACAGUUCCUUCGGAUGCACAUUGACCAGGAACCAUCCGAAGCAACACCCGUGUUCUUAGCGCGUCCUAAUGGGCAUGGACCCGAACCUGCUCCUCUCGAUGAUGCCAAUGGCAUCCCUGUUGAGUUGCCAAACCUCACCAACGGAUAUGGUCACCACGGCCAAGUACAUAUGUUUAGUGCUUAG